CCGCCCCGCUGCCACGCGUCCCUGCCGCAGUCCGCUCGGUGCGCGACCACGUGGGCGGCGACGCGGUGACAGGCGAGCUCGGCGGGAGUGGACCUGAGCCGAGCCGACCAGAACAGAGUAGAACCGAACCGAACCGAACCGAACCGAACCGAACCGACUCGAGCCGCGCUGCCGGCGCCAUGAGCGUGGGCUUCAUCGGCGCCGGGCAGCUCGCCUUCGCCCUGGCGCGGGGCUUCACGGCGGCGGGGAUCCUGGCGGCGCACAAGAUCACCGCGAGCUCCCCGGACACCGAGCUGCCCACCGUGAGCGGGCUGCGGAAGAUGGGCGUGAACUUCACGGUGAGCAACAAGGACACGGUGAAGAGCAGCGACGUCCUCUUCCUGGCUGUGAAGCCCCCCAUCAUCCCCUUCAUCCUGGACGAGGUCGGCCCCGACAUCGAGGCCCGCCACAUAGUGGUCUCCUGCGCAGCCGGUGUCACCAUCAGCUCCAUCGAGAAGAAACUGUCCACCUUUUGCCCCACACCAAAAGUGAUCAGGUGCAUGACCAACACCCCUGUGAUUGUCCGGGAAGGUGCUACAGUCUAUGCCACUGGGACUCACGCUGAUGUGGAGGAUGGGAAGCUCCUGGAACAGCUGAUGGCCAGUGUAGGCUUCUGCACCGAAGUGGAGGAAGACCUGAUAGACGCUGUAACGGGGCUUAGUGGCAGUGGCCCUGCGUAUGCAUUCACUGCCCUGGAUGCCCUGGCAGAUGGAGGAGUGAAGAUGGGACUUCCCCGCAGGCUGGCCGUUCGGCUUGGAGCCCAGGCGCUGCUGGGUGCUGCCAGAAUGCUGUUGGAGUCUGAGCAGCACCCGAGUCAGCUGAAGGACAAUGUCUGCUCGCCCGGGGGAGCCACCAUCCAUGCCCUGCACUUUCUGGAGAGUGGCGGUUUUCGCUCGCUCCUCAUUAAUGCCGUGGAGGCUUCCUGCAUCCGGACAAGGGAGCUACAGCAUUUGGCAGACCAAGAGACGAUCUCCCCAGCAGCCAUAAAGAAGACUUUAUUGGAUAAGGUCAAGCUCGAGUCUCCUUCUCUGUCUGUGGCAUCUGCCCACAAAGUCAGUCUGUUCAACACUAAGAACCCUAGCAGCAAGAAGAACUGACGAGGCUACUGUAGUCUGGAUGUGCUGAUCAUCAGUCUCCUAUAUGCCCUUCUCGGUCUAAGUAAAAAUUCACGGUCUGAAUGUUGGUGUCCCCCAUACCUGGCUCUCAGCUUGCAGUAGCUGUGGGCAGCAUGAGGCUGUAGAAGAGGGUCUAACCUCUGGUGUGA